UGAACCUACAGAUCAAAAUACGGGUGUUUAUUGCCCAAGUUCAGUCGAUGAUAAGAACCAGAUUUGCGGUUUUGUUUUGACGUGGUCGACCCACGUGCGGGCGACGCGCCGCAGUCUGCGCCCGCCGCCCGCCACGACGCACGCAUUUUACGUGCGUGCUUUCGUUCGUUACGCUAAAAAAAAUUAAUGUUCCAAAUUGAAACAUGGAUCGGGGCCACAGCAAUUUGAUUCGCGAAGGGUCUAAAUCGACGCGAAUGCUCACCGACAGCAUAUCAUCCGACGAGCCAGAAACCGAGAGGCUGCUCAACUCGAACCAACCUUCUGUAGUGAAAGUGUCUAGUGGCCGGCGGCAAUCGCUGACGGCUCCGCCCUCCCCCACCGAUUCGCGCAAGAAGCGGGACCACCGAACCCACUACAGGAACCACCUGCACCACUUUAUCCACUGGAGGGAUAUCUGGGGUGGGGAACCUCACAAAGCCAAUGAGGCCGCCAGAAUCGCCGGGGUCCACCCUCGACGUGGUCCAAGAGUCGCCGUACUCCUCGGACACCGACGUCAGCCGCGCGGAGUCCGACCGAUCGGACGGGCCGGAGAGGUCGGACGGCUUCGACGGGAUGCCGCGGGACGAGGAUGCGCCGCCGACCCGGGCGAAGAGCAACAGCUACUCGGGGCCGAUGCUGGUGCCACCGUCGCUGCCGGCCAAGCGGCGGCGGCCGUCGCUUCUGCAACUGAAGAUCGGGGGCCACGGCAUCCACACGGGGCCGCUGUCGGCGGGGCCGCACCUGAGCGUGCCGCGGUUCACAGUGACGGCGCCGCCGGGGGAGCAGCGCCGUCACAGCCACGGGUUCCCCUUCCACGGGUUCGCCCUACGCCGGCACUCCAACACGGUCGGCGACUGAGCACGUCACUUGUGAGCCUUCACCGCAGCGAGUCGAUGGUGUCGCUGGCGUGCUUCAAGACGCUCACCCAGUUGAUCAACAAUGACAGCAACGAGCUCCAGAACUACCUCUCCUCCAACAAGAACAUCAAUGUCGACGAUAGGGAUGAGAACGGCACAACAGCGCUCAUGUGCGCGAGCGAGUGCGGUCGCGCGAAUGCCGUCGAGCUGCUGCUAGGUGCGGGCGCAGACGCCAACGCGGCCGACAACGAUGGCUGGACGCCGCUCGCGUUUGCGGCGCGCGGCGGACACGUCGCUGCGGUGAAGGAGCUGCUAGACGCUGGGGCGGUAGUGGACUCUAGGGACUGUGGAGGAUGGACGCCUCUGAUGUGGGCGGCGUACAAGGGGCACGAGGACAUCGUCGCCCUGCUCCUGGAGAAGGGAGCCGAUGUGCACGCGCAUGGGAACUAUAACAUAAACUCGCUAGUAUGGGCGUCCGGUCGGCGUCACAGCGCGGUCGUGCUGCGGCUGCUAGCGGCGGGCGCGCGGCCGAACUCGUGCGACAAGUACGGCACGUCCGCGCUCACGUGGGCGGCGCGUGCGGGCGACGUGGCUGCGUGCGCGGCGCUGCUGCGGGCGGGCGCCGACCCGCACGCCACCGGCAUGUACUGCUGGACGCCGCUGCUGCAGGCCACGCACGGUAACCACGUCGAAAUAGUUCAGAUGCUGUUAGAGCACAAGCCCAACGUGAACGCGUUAGACAAGGACGGCUGUACAGCCCUCGCGAUUGCGUGCAAGGAGGGGUUCUAUGAUAUCGCACUUGCACUCAUAUCGUCCGGCGCUUACAUUAACGUACAGGACCACUCAAAAGACACACCACUGAUUUACGCGGUGAAAGGCGGCUAUAGGAACAUAGUGGAGGCGUUACUGAAGAAACACGUAGAUGUUGACUUACCGGGCAAGGAGAAGAAAACCCCUGUCUACACAGCGGUUGAGAAGCAACAUGUGGGGAUACUGAAGCUGCUUUUAGCUUCUAACCCGGACCUGGAGUUGUGUACUACGACGGGCGACACGGCGCUACUGCGUGCUGUACGCUCGCGCAACGCGGAGAUGGUUCAGCUGUUGCUGGAGAAACGCGCCCGCGUCUCCGCUGCCGACUCGAGGGGAGAUACCGCGCUGCAUAUAGCCAUGCGUGCACGAUCUAAGCAAAUAGUAGAAAUCCUGCUCAGGAAUCCCAAGAACAGUCAGCUGCUUUACAAGCCGAACAAAAUGAACGAGACGCCGUACAAUAUAGAUAUGAGCUACAACAAAACGAUACUGGGGCAGAUAUUCGGCGCUCGUAGACUUAAUACUAACGAGGACAAUGAGAAUCUCCUUGGCUACGAACUGUAUAGUGCGGCGUUGGCGGAUAUGCUCGCUGAGCCGAGUCUCUCCGUGCCUAUUACAGUGGGACUGUAUGCGCGGUGGGGUUCAGGGAAGUCUUUUCUGCUGACUAAGCUUAAAGAGGAGAUGAAGAACUUCGCCCGACAAUGGAAUGAAACGGGGUGGGCGUGGUCGUGGGCGGUAGCGUGGGGGGCGUGGCACGCGGCGCUCGCGGCGGCCGUGGCUACGGCACUGGCGGGCGCGCGUGCGUACGUCGCGUUAGCUGUAUGCUUCGGACUCUUCGCUACGUUAUACCUAGCGUUCUAUCUGCUGUGGUACUUGGGUAACAGAUACGAGUGGUGGUGGUCGACGGGCGUAGUGGCGGCGCUGGGUCGGCGGUUCGGCUCGCUACUGCUGGUGCUGCAAGUUGUGUUCUGUCAUCCGCCCGGCCCCAACGAUCCACGCGCGUUACCCGCAACGCCUAUACGAUUCCACUUUACUGAGGGUAUGCGUUCGGGCGGCGGGCAGGAGGGCGUGGCGGCGGCGGCGCAAAUGCUGGCCGGGCUGGCGGAGGCAUUAGAGUGCCAGUACGGACGAGUAUGUACACGGCUCGCACGCGCGUUCCGACCCACGCCCAUAUCGUCCACGUCGUCUUGGAAAUGGCGUCGCUCGUGCUGCGUGCCGCACAUAAUCACGUUCGAGGUGGGCUUCGUGUGUGUACUGCUGGGUGUGUGCGUGCUCGUCAUGUAUCUCACCGACUCUGAGGCGGAUCCUGCCAAAAUGGAGGUACGCGGUGGGGUGGCAGUGGGUGCUGGCGUGGCGGCUGGCGCGUUAGUACUGGGCGCGGCGUGUGCAGCGGGCAGAGCGUUAGCGGCACUCGCACUACCGCCGCGUACGCGACUCGCCCGCGCCGCACGGGCGGACCCGCACGCGCGCACGCUCGCGCUGCGUCCCGAAGUGCACGCGCUCACGCAAAUUGUGACAUGUUUAGACGCAUUCACGGGGCAGCAGACGCGAUUGGUGAUCGUAGUAGACGCGUUAGACAGCUGCGAGCAAGAGAAAGUGUUGGCGCUCCUAAACGCCAUACAUGCUCUGUGCUCCGACCCUAAAAGCCCGUUUAUAUUGUUGCUGGCUAUUGAUCCACAUAUUAUUAGCAAGGUUGCUUGGAUGGAGGCAGUGGAGGUGAACAGUCGGCGCGCGUUCUCCGAGAGUAACAUAGGCGGAUGGGACUACCUUCGCAACAUGGUGCAGCUGCCCUUUUAUCUGCAGAACUCGGCCCUGCGCCGCGUCAAGGUCGCGCAGCUUGCUGCCGCAAGACGCCUGCCGCAUGUCAAUGAGGAUUUGUCUACGUCGCUGCAACGCUCUGUAUCUGCCAGGCGCUUAUCUUCAACCUCCGAGCUGAUGUCCAGCCAGGAGCCGAUCAAGGUGACGACCCACGGGGGCGGCGGCGGGUCCCGGCGUCUGCGUGCGUCCGAAUCAGUGGCGUCGUCAAUGGCGUCGGGCCUGCACCGCGCCGUCCCCGUGCCCGCUGGCGCCGCGGACUUAUCGCGAGUGCUUCUGACUGAUGACUACUUCAGUGAUGUUAACCCACGCAGCAUGAGACGACUGAUGAACGUACUGUAUGUUACGGGUCGUCUUCUAAAGGCCUUCCAAAUCGAAUUCAACUGGUACCAGUUAGCGUCGUGGGUGAAUCUGACAGAACAGUGGCCGUUCCGCACCUCCUGGAUCAUCUACCACCAUGAGACAUACGAGGAGCACAUCGACGACUCCACGUCGCUGAAACAUAUUUACGAGAAGGUUAAGCCUCUAAUCGGUGCGUUACGCGAGUCCAGCACGCUGUCCGAGCUGGACCGGGACGAGCGCAAGCUGGAGGUGUUCCUGAGCUUCCACCGCUCCACCCUCACCGCAGCAGACCUCAAGAUAUUCCUGCCAUUCACCAUCAACCUAGACCCGUACAUCAAGAAGGUUAUAAAAGAGGAUCAAGCGCAGGCGGGCGUGGACGAAGAGAUCGGCGGUAGCGGCGCCGCGGGCGUGUGGAACACCGCACAGCAAACCCUGCGACCGCCACACAAGUCCAGCAAGAAGCAAGUGAAGUUGCCGCCGACGACAGUGCCUAAUGGUCCAACCACUGCCAUCGUGGCGGCGCCGCAGUGGGCGGGUACGGAGGACGCCCCGCCCACAGUCUACCCGUCCGCGCAAGCGCAGAACCCCAUAGCAGUACUAAAAACAGCCUUCCCGGGACUCGGUGACGUGUCAUCGCUCCGUCUGUCGACGCUGAGCGUGGAGCUUAUGUGCGGCGUGGCGCGCGCGGCGCUCGGCGCGGGCGGCGCGCCGGCGGCUGACGCGCUGCAGCGGGCACGCGUCUGCGGCCUCGCGCUCGCCGUGUGCUCGCUAGAGGACCUCAAACCGGUGUUGGAUCUGCCGUUCGGAGACUGGGAGUUGUUCAAGAUGCUGGUGCUCAACCUGCGAGAGUUGGAGGCGCAUCUGCCGCUGACUGCCCCCACCGUGGCCGUAAUACCAGACAAAGCGGCAGACGAAAGCGAUACAGUGAAACGACCUGCUUUAGAACACCAAAGAAGCCGACCGAGUAAUGUGGAAAAACAGCCAUAUGCGGAAUAUCAGGUGACGCUAGAGGAGCAGAUGAUCUGCGGCGCCCUGCAGACCCUCAGCGAGGAGGCGAUGGAGGAGCCCCCCGCAUCCCCCGCGCCAGACGCCGGCCCCUCCCCGCCGCCCGCGCCCCGCGCCCCCGCCGUCAGCUUCAGCGUGGAGAGUGAGGACGACGACGGCCACAUCACGUUCGCGGCCCGCCCGCGCCCGCGCCGCGCCGCCCGUGCCCCGCGCCCCGCCUCGCUGCGCCUCGACGAGCCCCCCGCGCGCCCCGCCGCUCGCGCCCACUCCGUCGAGGACACCGCCGCCGCCCCCGCGCCCGCCGCCAGCGCCCUGCGCCGCACUGCCGACGCGCUGGCCCGGGUGGGCUCCGCCGAUGGGCUGGCGCGGCUCAAGGACCGGAUCCUAUCGCGCGGCGGCUCCCGCGAGCGUAGCCCCGCGCGCUCCGACGACGACGAGUCCGCGCCGCUCGUGUGCCGGUCGCCCGCCGGACGCGACCUCGCCGCUUCGCCCGCCGGCCGCGAUCUCGCCGCCUCGCCCGCUUCCGACCUCACGGAGCUGGAGUCGCCGCGCGCGGACCCCGCCGACCUGCUGCCGUGCGACAAGAGCGGCGAGGCGGGCGGGGGGUGCACGGAGCGCGGGGGGCGGCGCGCCAGCGACCCGUCCCUCGACAUGGUGGAGCCCUACAACAUGCGGCUGCUGGGCCACGCGCUGUGGCGGCAGGACGCGCUCGACGACCCGCCGUGGCCGUGGGCGGAGCCCGACUCGGCGGUGUGAGCCCGCGCCGUGUGUCACUACUCACUGUGCACGCCACACGGUACGCUGACGCUGCGGCUGUCGCGGGCCACGCUCGCUCCUGGGCUGCCCCAUCCAAAGCGAGGAUGUCGUCGCUUAAGAUACAUGCUAUAGACCUAUAAAAUUCUAUUCAGAUACUCUAUAAAAUGUAUCGCUAAAAGAGUACUUAUCAAGUUUUGACGUCUCGGUUCUUGGUAGAAGUACUUGGUAUAUUAUGGUAUUAUAAGCCAAGUUUUUAUGCACAAAUUUUAAAUAACAUUCUACUAUAAAAGUAUUAAAUCAACUUAUAAAUAUUACACGUCGUACUUAUGGUGCUUUCGUCUAAGGGGGGUAUUACAUUAU